AUGGGCUUGGGAAAUUAUACAUAUUACUACAAUUUCUAUUUCAUGGAAGUGUUGGAGGCAGCUUAUGAAAACAAGAACAGGUCAUUCGAUUUCCUUAUUGACGGAAAGAAGUUUUUGGAUGAGGCCAUAGUUCCUCCUUAUCAACCAUUUUUGACUGUGUACGACCACCGUCAAAACCUGACUGCUGGAUCGAAAAUUUCCUUGGUCAACACACCAGAUGCAUCCCUUCCACCCAUCCUCAACGCCAUGGAACUUUUUCAACUCAAGACCGGACUUGCUGACGGAACUAGCGAAAACGAUGUGAACGUGUUGGGGGUGUUACAAGAUCAAUAUCAACAACUUCAAUCAUGGGCAGGUGAUCCAUGCCUUCCAGUAGGUUUCACUUGGGACUGGCUCAACUGCAAUACUGACAAUCCACCACGAGUGGUAGAACUGCACCUCAGCGGAUCAGGCUUGAAGGGCACCCUUCUAGACUUCAGCAGCUUGACUGCACUUGAGAUAAUUGACUUGAGUAACAACAGCUUGAGUGGACAUAUUCCUGACUUCUUGGGGACGUUUCCUUCCUUGAAAGAGUUUAUAACAGGAAACAACAUUACAGACAACCCUCUACCACAAACAAAUAGUAGAAGAAACAUGAAGCCGAUCAUCAUUGGAGUAUCAGUAGGUGCAAUUAUCCUAUUUCUAUUGCUGGUUGGUUGUGUCGUCUAUGCAUGCCUUCGAAUUCCACAUCCUAGGCCAUCACCUGAUGUUGUGAUGGAGAAUAAUGUAGAGAAUCUUGAGAAGCAACAGGCUGGUUGUAUUCAGCUAGGGCCAAACCAUGCAUUCACGUAUGAAGAGGUUGUGAAGAUCACACGUAACUUUGGAAUCCUUAUUGGUGAGGGAGGAUCUGGUUCCGUUUAUUAUGGUCGCCUUGAUAAUGGCAAUGAAGUUGCAGUCAAGGUAUUGAAAAAUUUGCAGCAACGAGGAUCUAAAGAAUUUGUUGCAGAGGUUAAGUUGUUGAUGACAGUGCACCACAAAAACCUUGUUUCGUUUGUUGGAUUUUGUGAGGAGGACAAGAAGAUGGUUGUCCUCUACCAGUACAUGCAGAAUGGAAGCUUGGGAGACCUCUUAUCAGGCAAGAAAACCAUAAUAGAACUCUUAACUUGGAAAAGGCGACUGCAAAUCGCUUUGGAUGUUGCAACAGGUUUAGAUUAUCUGCACUCAGGUUGCGAACCAGCCAUAAUCCACAGAGACGUAAAAAGUAGAAACAUCCUUUUGGAUGAACAGCUAAAAGCCAGAUUAGCUGACUUUGGAAUUUCCAGAGCUGUUGAUAUGACUCAAACAUCAACAAUGAUUGCUGGCACUCCUGGAUAUAUUGAUCCUGAAUACUAUGAAACAAACAUUCUCACCAAAAAGAGUGACAUUUAUAGCUUCGGUGUGGUUCUUUUUGAGCUUAUGUGUGGCCGCACAGCCAUAUUUGGCAGUGGUGAGCAGUAUUCUCAUAUUGUUCAAUGGGCAACUUCGAAGAUUUUUAGGGGUGAAAUAGAGAGUAUUGUCGACCCAAGGAUUAAAGGGCAGUACAAAAUCAAUUCUAUGUGGAAGGUUGCAGAGACAGCAUUAGCAUGUACUACACGGAGGUCCACAGACCGGCCAGACAUGCAUGAUCUUCUGAGCGACUUGAAUCAGGCAAUGAAGAUGGAGAUGGAGAUUGAUCACCAGGAAUUUGAUAUUCCAGAGACAGAUGUGAUGACUAAUUGA